AUGCAAGAGUUGGAAGAAAGGCAUGCAACGGUAAAGCAGCAGCUGCAGGACAAACUGCAGAAGCAGACCGCUGACUUGUUGCAGCAGGAGAAGGUCGAGCAGGAAAAGCUAGAAAAGCGCCACGCCGUGCAGAAAGACAAGCGUCGGGUUGACCAGGACCAGUUGAGACUCAAGUUGAGUGAAGCCAAGGCAGAGGCAGAGACAAUGCGCAACAAUGAUCUGCGGCGGAACGCCCAGAAGGCAGUAGCAGAUGUAUCAUCCCUGCUCAGGCUGCAUUGUGAGCUCAAUACAGAGCUGAAGGCGUCGCAUGAGAUGCCCCAGCUAAAGAAACUCGAAAAUCCCAAGCUCACCAGAGAAGAAGCAGUCCUGACAAGAUUGACUGCUUUGAUCAACGCUGCCUUGGAAGUCCACAGUUUUGAGGCUUUAGAAAAGCAGGAAGAGCAGAAUAUGCUGAUUCUGCUUCACUACCUGGCCCAGUGCAACCUGGCCAGUGUGCCCACAGAAGCCUGGGACAACCUGGUCCGUGCCUGCUCCAAGCAUCCCCGCCGAAAAGCCGUUGCCGUCGAGCUUAUGAUGAACGCAGUACACAGUCUGAGGCUGUUGAAACUCAGGAUGAAGAACGCGCUCGGGAGAAGUUUCUGCAGCAUCAUCGAGACUUCCUGCUUCCAGACAUCUUAG